AUGUCAUACUUAUUCGAAACGGAACAAGAAUUUGAUGCCUACGCACGACCCCCAAGAAAAGUGCCAACUCGUUUACCAGUCCACCCCAUUCAAAAGGAUCACAUUGAUAAGAUCGAAGCGGAAACCAUCAAAGCUAAUAAGCCCAAGCUUACUUCAGGGGCUUUUACUACCGAAGAAAUACAAGGGAAACUUACGGGAUUUUCUAAACGAGCUCUUCGACAAGAUUCAUUAAGGCAAGACUAUAUCAAGAGCUUGGUCGACCGGGACGCAUGCCAGGAUACACAUGUCGAGUUGCAGGAAAACGAGGGCAGCGGUUACGGACCUCAAAACAAGGAAUCAUCGGGCCCAAAUGCUGCCCUGGUUGUAUCAGGCUCGGAGUUGCAGUAUCCUAACGAGGUGCAGAUGGAUGCAAUGUCGGAGAUCGGAGACGACAACUUACUAACCCAAACUCUUUCCUUCGAUAGCGCGCAAAUAUCCCAGGACUCACCAAGUCGAUCGUCAAGCUCAAGUUUCAUACCUCGAAUGCCCCAGGAACCCCCGGCUUCAUAUAUUACUAGCCUCACUCGAACAUCUGACCUAUCCCAGGAACCACAACAAGCUCGUGUGGAGGACCUAGCUAGCAGCAAUUCUGUUCCUGAGCCCCAGCCAACGUUGCCUACCAAACCCUCUCAAACAGCUGAACCAAUCCAGAACUCACAAGCUCGUAUGGAAACCACAGCUCACAACGAUCCUGUUCCUGAGCCUCAAGAUAACCAGCAUCUGGUCUUUGUCGCCCCUGUCCCGUACCCAAAGUUCGAUAUACCAGGAGCACUUAAUCCGACAAUUCUUCCACAUGGUCAUACAGUGGGCGGAGAAUUCUCACUCGUUCAUCUAUUUUGGGUACCCAAUCAGAAUAGAUGGCAAUGCUGGGAUCAGUUCCCUCUUGAAUUCCAGAACAGGAUGGGCACGGUAAUAACCGAGUCAAUAUUCCUAAACUUAGCCCAACGCCGAGCCUGGGCUGCCAUUACCCGGCAGCCAGGCGAACGCAUCGACCCGACUAGAUGCGUGGCGUCAAUAAUCCUGAGCAGAGGGAGUAAGAGAGGCUUUUGCAAGUGGGUGAUUUCACAGAACGACUCUCAGUCUGCCUGUGACACGUGCAUCUUAAAGAAGAGGCCAUGCAUGAGGGUUGCAAUGGUCCCUGGUUCCACGGAUCCAGUAAUUGUGUGGUCACCUCUCCCCGAAAAUCUGCGGAGAGGCGUCGAACUAGGAAACAUGGACUACUAUGUGAUGCCUUGA